GCCUGAUGCGUGACUUGUAAUCCGCCGUUGUCGUUUUUACCUCUACAGCUUCCGUCGAGGAUCGCGCACCCAUUAUCUACUAAAUCUCAAGAUAAAUUGGCAUGGGCUGUGUUGUACACAGCUACCUUGUCCCGAUUCCUUCUUCGCCCCCAUACGUCUUACAGUCCCUCUGAUGCAUAUGCCCUCUUUUUCGGUCAAGGCUUUGAUCCAAUUUUUUUUCAAAGAUUUGGAUCUGCCCAAAGGAUUCGCAGUUCCGAGUCGGUCGAGGUACCUCGCAAAGGACAGACAUACACAACGCAGUUCAACAACCACCCACUAUCACGACGGCGAUUACUCUAUCGCUACAGACAUCCUCAACGAGUGUCUCGUUCCUUCACCCACUCCCCAUUCGAAUUCAUCGCCAGUGCACCCUGGUUCUGUGACGAGGGAUCCAGGUCUCGAAGUCUCCAUCAAUAUUUCCUCUACCAGAUCCUCCCGUCUCUAUUCCUUUGCCCGCACAGCUUCUGAUAUGGCUCAGACAUUUUUACCUCUCGUCCAGGGUAUGACAGUUGCAAUUCCAGCUGCCGGUCCUCCGAUGCAAGCUGCUAUUAGUGGAUUAUUGUCAAUCCUUCAAGCCAUACAUGUGAGAGCUUAUUUAUUCACAGGAUGUAUCUUGAUUCAAAGGCUGUCACAGAGUAGUCAGAAUAAGGCGGACCUAGAUCACCUGAGGACACGACUUUAUCAACUAAGCUCACAUCUGUGCAACGUCCCGACCGCCCAGGAUCGCUUUGAACAAUGUCGGAGGGAUUCGAUGAUUAGGAUUCUGCAAGAGACCUCUGCCCAGCUGACAAGGUCGCAAAAACAUCGUCUCGAAUAUGCAUCCGUCACACAAGCUAUCGCCAGAUGCUCCAUUGAAAAUCGACCAUUAUUCAGUUUUGUUCUACUUCCUCAACAUCGUUUACAUGCAUUUACGAUUCUGCUUUAUUAGUGGUCAUCUUAAAUGCAAAGUCAACACGAUAUCCGUGAAAAAGUGUUGUCAAUUCUGCGGAAACUGCAGGAUCCCAUGGGACCCACUGCAAUG